CUGAUAGAGAUCGUCCGUCGAUCAUUUGAGCUACAGAAACCAAAAUUUCGUCGCUGAGAUUAAUUUUCCUUUUUAAAAAUGGCGAGAAAAUUAUUUCAAGAUAUUUUAAGUCAAAUUUUAUUUGUUGGCGCUCAACUUUUGGCUACCCGCCUACUUCCCCUUAAAACCUAAAUAAGUCCGCCCUUUUCUUCCACUCUUCUUCAAUUAUAGAGAAUAGAAACCCUAACCCCCAAAAUCGCCAGUUGGAGACUCUUAGCACCCAGCAUAAGGGAAAAGCUUGGAGAAGCAGGGAUUAACAUUAACAAAAGAUGUCGUAUAGAUGUAGAGGUGGUUUGAACGGGAGAGGUGCCAUCAUUCGACCUCCAGGCUAUCGUAAUAAUGUGCAGGAAAAUCCUCACAUUGGUGAAGAGAACCUUCAUCAGAUGUCUCCAGAAAAUAACUAUAGCCCGAAUCCUAGUACUAUGCCCCAGUCAGCAGCAAGCACAUUGAAUCAGAUGCCUAAUUCUAGGUCCGUGACAGCAACAAGCACAUUGAAUCAGAUGCCUAAUUCUAGGUUCGUGACAGCAGCAAGCACUCUUCACCAGUCACCUAAUUCUGUGACCCAAGCAGCAACAAACAUGGUUCAUCUAGAGCCCCAAACAACCGUCCGUAAUGUCAAUCUUGAUAAUUAUGGUAACACAAAUGUAUCGGAUGAAACAAGAAACCCUGAAAAGACUGAUUCAGUGAUGCACCCUGAUGAAUUGUGGUUUCCCCAUCGUGAUGUGGUUGAUAAAGUUUCUGAGACAUCGUAUAAGACAUACUUUAAAGGACCCUAUUGCAAUUGGAAAAUGACUCCCCCGCAAGUUCGUCGGAGGUGGUGGAAUGCUUUUAAGCUUGAGUUCUCCUGGGAUCCAUCGGUAGCUAAGCGGGUUAAGAAGGGGUGGCAAUCAAAAUGUAGGAGGCGCCUUUCUGAUAUGGUGUCAAAAGUUUGCACGGAUCCUGACUACAAUGCAGAUUGGUGUCCUCCUACCAUAAGGGAGGAAAUGGUUCAGAUUAGAUCUACUGAAGAAUUCCAAGAAAAAUCAGAGAAAUGUAAGAAAAAUCGUAAGGGUAAUGGAAAUCAAAAGAUUCACCAUCGUCAGGGAUCCAUAUCGACUGAAGAAGUGAUGUUAAAACUGAAAAAGAAGUUGGGACGUAAGCCAACUGCAGCUGAGCUUUACUACAAGUGCCAUGCUGAUAGUAGUGGACGAUUCGUUAAUGACAAGGCUCAAGCGGUUUGGAAUGACUUUAAGGAGAAAAAAGCUACAAACUCUCUAUGUGAGAGUGAGAAUCAAAAGACAGAGGACGAGUUGUUCCUUGAGGCGACAGGUGGAUGGAAUGAAAAGGGAAGAGUAUUUGGUAUGGGAGCAUCAGCAGACUCAUACUAUGAGAGACCAGGAGUUGAAGAGAGGAACGCAAAAAGACGCAGAAGAGACUAUGCAAUGGAGUUGGAAGGCAAGGUUAUAGAUCUUGUUACAGAGAAUUUGGAACAAAAGACUGAGCUUGAUGCAACAAAGGUGAGCCUAGUUGAAACCCAAAAAAGUCUUGCUGAAACUCAAAACGCUUUGAAGGCUCUGGAACAAACAGUGCAACUUCUUUUGCAAGCCAGCAACAUUGCAACUAUUCCUACCUCUACCUCUCCUUCUGUCUAACUUGUUACUUAGACGGAUGAUCAUUACUGGAUAGGGGAUGGCUUCCUUUUGUACAUGCAUGUGAAGUCUCUUGAUUAUGUAAUAGACAUGCUUAGAUAUCUAUAUGCUUCUAAUUAAUAUAGGCAUCAAGGUGAGGUGUUUUCUAAUUAAUGUGCCAAAAUCAUAGGUCAAGGAGCCACUUUUGUAUAGUGUAUGAGCUCCUGCCUUAGCUUCAUUCUCACCUUUGCUUUUUUGUAUGGGAAUCAUGGCCAAAUAUAUAUGGCUCAUGUUAUUGAUACUUGAUAAUCUAUGAAUUUUAUUGUGUUA